AUAAAUAUGGUACGGUCGCAUCUGAACAAAACUGGGAAAUUUUGCGGUAGCUGAGAGCAAGAAAAAUCAGAUAUGAAGAUUCAACAUCUUCUUGUCACCUACCUCCUAGCAUUGACACUUCUGUUGCCCUGCAUUGAAAGUUUAAAGCCAUUUCAAUACUCUGCUAUGAUAGACCGGAGUAGUUUUCCGGCUGGUUUUCUAUUCGGAGCUGGGUCAAGUGCUUACCAGCAUGAAGGAGCUGUACAUCUAGAUGGGAGGAAACCAAGUAUCUGGGAUACUUUUGUGGUUGAAAAUCCAGAAAAGAUUUCGGACCAUAGUACUGGAGAUGUAGCUGAUGAAUUUUACUAUCUCUAUAAGGAGGAUGUUGCUGCGAUGAAAGAAAUUGGUUUGGAUACAUUCAGGUUCUCCAUCUCAUGGCCUAGAGUCCUACCAAAGGGGAAAAUCAGUGGGGGAGUGAAUUGGAAAGGCGUUGAUUUCUACAAUUCUCUCAUCAAUGAGCUCCUAUUAAAUGAUAUAGAGCCCUUCGUCACAUUAUUCCAUUGGGAUCUUCCACAAGCCCUGGAAGAUGAAUAUGGUGGAUUUUUGAGCCCUGAAAUUGUGAAUGAUUUUCACGACUAUGCUGAUUUCUGCUUCCAAGAAUUUGGUAAUAAAGUGAAGUACUGGAUCACUUUGAAUGAACCAAAUAUUUUUAGUAAAAUUGGCUAUGCAACUGGAAUCUAUGCACCUGGUCGCUGUUCUAACUACAUUGGAAUUUGCACGGAAGGAAACUCUGCAACAGAGCCCUAUUUAGUGACACACCACCUAAUUCUUUCUCACGCAACUGCUGCAAAUUUAUAUAGGCACAAGUAUCAGGCUUCACAAAAUGGAAUAAUUGGGGUAACAGUAGACACCAUAUGGGAAGUACCUAAAUAUCAAACCAUUUCUGAUAGAAAAGCUGCCCUGAGAGCGCUCGAUUUUUACAUUGGUUGGAUUCUUCAUCCAAUGACAUUUGGUGACUAUCCCAUGACUAUGAGAUAUUUAGUCGGGAAUCCACUGCCCAAUUUUACAGGUUAUAGAGUUCGUUUUGGUUUUAUUUAUGUAGAUUACAGUAAUAAGUUGAAAAGAUACCUGAAAAACUCUGUUUUCUGGUACAAAAAUUUCCUCCAAAAGAAAAAUGAGACAAUACAUCACUCUUCAUUGUUUUUCUCAAUGUAAUCACAAGUACUU